AUGGCCCACCCGCGCCUCGUGCUCCCCUCCCCGAAGCCCCUCCUCCCCGCCGCCGCCGCCGCCGCCACUCCAUCUCGCCGCGCCGUCGCCGUCCGCGCGGCGCUCUCCACCGCUUCGCCGCCCGCCAAGGCUGCGGCGGGAGCGGAGGCGGUGCGGUCGAUCCGCGCGCGGCAGAUCGUCGACAGCCGCGGGAACCCCACCGUCGAGGUCGACCUCGUCGCCGGGGACGGACACCUCCACCGCUCCGCGGUGCCCAGCGGGGCGUCCACGGGGAUCUACGAGGCGCUCGAGCUCCGCGACGGUGACAAGGCCGUGUACGGUGGGAAGGGCGUGCUCCAAGCCGUGCGCAACAUCAACGAGGUUAUCGCGCCCAAGCUCGUGGGCGUCGAUGUGAGGAACCAGAGCGAUGUUGAUGCAAUCAUGCUAGACAUCGAUGGAACUGAGAAUAAAUCGAAGUUGGGUGCCAAUGCUAUUCUUGGAGUCUCCUUGAGUGUAUGUAGGGCAGGCGCUGGUGCAAAGGGAGUUCCUCUGUAUAAACAUAUUCAGGAGCUAGCGGGAAUUAAGGAGCUUGUCAUGCCUGUCCCUGCUUUCAAUGUAAUAAAUGGAGGUAGCCAUGCUGGCAACAAUCUGGCCAUGCAGGAAUUCAUGCUUUUACCUGUUGGAGCAGCUACUUUUGCUGAAGCUUUUCGUAUGGGCAGCGAAGUUUACCACGUCCUGAAGGGCAUCAUUAAGUCAAAAUAUGGUCAAGAUGCAUGCAAUGUUGGAGAUGAAGGAGGUUUUGCUCCUAAUGUUCAAGACAACAGAGAGGGUCUUAUCUUGCUUAUGGAUGCCAUUGAAAAGGCAGGCUACACUGGAAAGAUCAAAAUUGGAAUGGAUGUUGCGGCAUCAGAGUUCCUUACAAAGGAUGGGAGCUAUGAUCUAAACUUUAAGAAUCAACCUAAUGAUGGAGCCCAUGUUCUUUCAGCCCAGCAUCUGGGUGAUCUGUACAGAGAUUUUGUCAAGGAUUUCCCUAUUGUAUCAAUUGAGGACCCUUUUGAUCAGGAUGACUGGAGUUCAUGGGCAUCAUUGCAAUCCUCAGUCGAUAUCCAAAUUGUGGGUGAUGAUUUACUUGUCACAAACCCAAAACGUAUAUCAGAGGCUAUUGGCAAGAAGGCUUGCAAUGCUCUGUUGCUAAAGGUCAACCAGAUUGGUACUGUCACUGAAUCAAUUCAAGCUGCUCUCGAUUCAAAAGCUGCUGGUUGGGGUGUGAUGGUCAGCCACAGAAGUGGUGAAACCGAAGAUAACUUCAUCGCAGAUUUGGCUGUUGGCUUAGCAAGUGGGCAGAUUAAAACCGGGGCUCCAUGCCGCAGCGAGAGGCUGGCCAAAUACAAUCAGCUUCUGCGUAUUGAAGAGGAGCUUGGCAACGUGCGCUAUGCCGGGGAGGCAUUCAGGUCUCCAUAA